UCCCGUUGUAACUUUACCCUCAUUUAGAAUUUAACCUUUCUAAUUAUUGUAUCAUAUUCGUGAUUUAAAUCAUUUUACUGUUUCAUUUUCUAUUCUUUCCUAAUGUGAUUAACUGUUGGUCGAUGUUUUAAUUAGUAAUUUAAUUUGACAAAAAGAGAAAAUUCUAUUCUCUUUUGUUUUCAUAUUCUUUUCUCCGUAAAAGAAAACAUCUGAUACUCUUCAUUGGCUUCUACAUUUUCUUUUCUUUUUCUAUCUCUCUUUCUCUCUUUUUUGUUUCUGUUUUUUUUUCUUUUCAUGACAAUUAAUAGUUUACAUCAUCAUUCUCAUCAUCAUCAUCAUCAUCACCAUCAUCGAUAUUACCGUCAUCAUCAUCAAAAUCAAAGGUAAGAGCAUCUCUUGCUCAUCAUCCACUUCCAUCCAACCAUUGACAAUAGGAAUCUAACCCAAGGACAAUUUUAUUUUUCUCUGUGUCUGUGAUACAAACAAUUUCACUUGGACUAUUAUUUUAAACCAUUUUAAGAUAAUCACUCUCUCUCUCUGUGUGUUUCCAUAAAGUAAUAUUAAUAACCAAGCUAAUCAAUCAACAUGAGCACUCCAAGUGAUGAUCAGUUUUCUGAGCCAAGUAACAACGGUGAUUUAUCGAGAGUCCGUCCGCCAUCAUCGAUGACAAGUUCAAGCCUUCCAAAGAUGCAUUCGAGAACCUCAAGUUUCUCAUCGGUGACCAGUGAUAAACCAUUUGGUUUAAAUCAAAAAUCUAAACCAAUUUCAAAUGAGAUAUUAAAUGCUGAUUCUGACGAUUUAACUGUUGGCGACUGUAUUUAUGUUAAUGGAGUUAAACCUGGAAUCAUAAGGUUUCUUGGUAUGACCUCUUUCGCUCCAGGAAAAUGGGCUGGAGUUGAAUUAACCGAUUCUUCCGGUAAAAACGAUGGAUCUGUUAGCGGUGUCAAAUAUUUUACCUGUGAACUCAAUCAUGGUAUUUUUGUCCGCCCCCAUCGUUUAACACUGGAACCGAUAACACCUUCAGAGAAACCAUCUUCUACCGUAACCUCACCAUCUCCAAUAAGUGAUGGCUUUAAAUCACCUACGACUCCCACCACAAUUGGUGCCGCCAACACCACAUUUACAUCAUCAAGAACCUCAUCUUCCCUUGUCUCAAAUCUUAAAGUGGGUGAUAAAGUCAUGGUUCAUGCCAGUAGUGGAUUAAAGCGAGGUACCUUACGUUACUUGGGUUCAACUGAUUUCGCUUCUGGUAACUGGGCUGGUGUUGAACUUUCAGAUGCAUCAGGUAAAAAUGAUGGUUCAGUUGCAGGUAAAAGAUACUUCAACUGUCAACCCAACUACGGUCUGUUUGCUCCACUCAAUAAGGUCGCUAAAGAUAUGGUUAAUGGAAACUCACGUACAAUAACAACAACAACAACAUCAUCAUCAACAACUUCUACUUCAAUGGUCAGACGUCCAAGUAAUUUAACUACCUCACGUCGUAGUGGAUUGGGAGAUAGCCGAGAAUCUUUGGCAUCAAUAAACAGUACAACCUCCCAUCGGUCAACAAGAAUGGGAUUCGGAAUGAGCGGAAGUAUGUCUGCAAGUAAAACGAGUACAUCGAUGGCUCUAAAAAGGGAAGGAAGUAGUUUGUCAUCAUCUACAUCAGCUUUGGCCAAAACAUUGAAAGAGAAAGAAGAUCAAAUAAGCCAUUUAUUGAAAGAAAAAGAUAUGGAAUCUGCUGAAAUGGCAAAAUUAUCUACUCGAGUUAAAUCGUUGGAAGAAGAAUUGGAAUUAGUUGUUAAUGAGAGAAAGAAAGGUUUAGUCGACAAGGAUUCGGAAAUUGAAGAAACGAGGCGUAAACUCGAAGAGACCAACGCCCUUAAUAAACAAUUACUCGUCACAAUAGAAGAAGAGAAAAAGAAGACUGAAAUGUUGACAUUCCGUUUAGAAGAGGAAAUGGUUAUUAAGAUGGAGAUGAGAGAUGAAAUGGCAAAACUAAUCGACAAUCAAAAGUCGGUCCACAAGGAGGACGACAAUGAAGUUGAAUUGUUCCAACUUCAAGAAGAGAUUAUUAAAAAGGACGAAAAAGUAUUCCAAGCUGAGCGAACUCUUGAAAAUAAGAAGCAAGAAUUGGAAAAUUUGCAACAUAGGAUUAAAGAGCUCGAAUUGAAUGUUUCCCUGGCUGAACAGAGACAAGCUCGUUAUUUGGAAACAAUUGAUGAGCUCAAUUUGAAAUUAAAGAAACGAGAAGAUGAAAUGGAAAAGAUGAAAGAUGAUCUUCAUCGAAUGAAUAACGAAUCAAAGAAAUUACAAGAUAACAUGGAUGAGAUUCUCAAGCGAACCGGUGAUGACAGUGGUCAACUCAAUUUGAUGAUUGAGAAAUUACAGAAAAGUGAAAAUGAGAGAAGAAAAUUGGAAGAGGAUUUAUCUUCUAUGCGAUAUAAAUUGGAGCGAGAAGAGGAAGCUCGAAAAGAGGUCGAUGCUGAAAUGAUUAGGAUGAAGAAGAUGAUCCAAGACAAAGAAGCCAAGGAAGUGACUUUUGUAAACAAAGAGGUUCAAUUAACUGAAGAGAUUCAACGUAAAGUGGAAACAAUUAGUUCAUACGAGAAGCGUAUUGAUGAAUUACUCAAAUCAAGUGGAGACAAUAGUGAACAAAUAACCCAGAUUAAUGAUGAACUUAUGGAAAAGACAGCCAUCAUUGACGAAUUGAAUAAGAAGAUUAAAGAGACUGAAUCUAAAUUAGAUUGUUUGGAAAUGGAUUAUAGAAAUUUGACUGAAGAAAAUGCCAAAUUAACUUCAACCGUUGAAGAGAAAGAUAGUGAAAUCGGAGGAAUUAAAAAGAUUCUCAAAGAUUUGGAAGAUCAGUGUCAAUCUCGAUUGGGAGAGAUUCGCGCUCUUGAAGAUCAAAUUGCUGGUCAGAUGAAACGAACCGGUGAAGAAAAGAAUCAUCUAAUCCAAAUGAAUGACGAUCUUAAAUCUAAACAAGCUGAGAUUAUGGAUUUGGAGGAAACUAUUGCUGAUUUGAAGAAGCAACUUCACAAUAAAGAUUUAGAAAAACGAAAAAUAACCACAGAAUUGACCGAAAUGAAAAGGAAAGAAAUUGAAAAAUCAGCUGAUUUGGAGGCAGUUGUCAAACGAAAGGCUGAAGCUGAUACCGAAUUGGAAAGUCUUGUAUCACAAAUUAGUGAUUAUAAAGAGAAAAUUAGAUCACUGGAAGAGGAGAAAUUAAAAAUGAAGAGAGAAGUGACCAUCAGUAAAAGUGGACUAGAAGAACGAGAGGAAACAAUUCGUAAAUUGAAGGAACAAUUGGAAUCAUCUCGUAAAGAGUUUGAUGAUUCGAAAACUCUUGAGAAUAAAUUUGAUCAAUCUCGAUCUCAAGGUGACUCUUUGAUUCAAGAAUUACGAAAAACAAUUGAAAUGGUUCAAUCAGAGAAUAAAGAAGUUGUCUCGGAAAAUGAGAGACUUAAUUAUGAUCUAAAAGGAUUAAUGGAGGAAAUUCGUAUCGUUCAAUUCCGUCAUAAGGAAGUUCUCAAUGAAUUUGAAGACGAAUGCCGCCGAUUGGAAGGUAAACUCGAAGAGAAAGAUAAAAUGAUCACCGAAAGAGAUAAUCUAUUGGAACAGAUUAAGAAAGAUAAUGCAGCUAACAUAGAAAAAUGGAAAUCCAAGAUGGACAAUGAAAAGGAGAAACUAAUCACCAAGAUAACCACUUUGGAAACAUCUUUAAGCGAAAAUCUAUCAACAGUGACCAAAAGAGUGAAACUGGUGACCAAUGGUCAUAAUAACAAUAGUAUCAACGAAGAGGAGAAAGAGGGAUUCCAAUGUCAAAUCGAUUUUCUUAAUUCGGUUAUCGUUGACAUGCAAAAGAAAAACGAUGACAUGAAAGCUCGUCUAUCGGCACUCGAGGAAAUGGGUCUCUCUGAAUUUGACGAUUCAACGGGCAGCAUCAGGCCAAUUAACGGGCACCUUCCCAAACCUCCAAGAGUUUUCUGUGACAUUUGUGAUAUGUUUGACCAACAUGAAACGGAAGAUUGUCCAACCCAAAAAACUAGUUCAUUAGAUAAUUCAAGUUCCAACCAUUCAAAGCAUAACAAUAUCCGGAACCAGGAGAGAUCUUAUUGUGCCAAUUGCGAAAUUUUCGGCCAUUGGACUCAAGAUUGUCUUUGCAAUGAAUCAUUCUAAAGGACGGAUAGAAAAACAAUCAACAAUCAAUAAAUUAGCAAUUAAAUCGCUUCUCCAUCCAACAAUCACAACGGUCUCCAUAUUAAUACAGCAGCUUCAUCGAAAAGCAUUUACAUCAAGAAUUAUUAGAGAUUUUUUUUUCUAAAUUGUUGUUGAACUGAAAUUGAAAGGAUCAUCAAUCCGUUGAUUUUUGUAUAGCUUAAAAUGAAAAUUUUAUUGUACAAUUAUUAUUAUUAUUAUUAUUAUUAUCUUAUUACAAUUAUCCAAAUUAUAUGUAAUUCUUGAUCUGAUGGUUUGACCAACACUAAAGCUUUUACCCUUAGGCAACUGUAAUACUUUUCCCCAACCUACAAAUCAAAAGCACAACUCCCAACAUGUAAAUUUAACCUUCUAAAUCAGUUAAUCAUCAAGAAUAAUCUAAUUGUUACUCAUUGAUUGAUUUUCUUUCCUCUCCUAAUUGUAAUUCAAUUUAAUUCUAUUCUUUUAUUAAUUAUUUCAAUUAAUUUCUUCCAUCUACUAGAUUAAUAACUCAACAAGCAGUUAAUGCACUUUUCCAUCAACAACAACACAACAAUUAACUUAUUACAAUAUUGUCACCAUAACAAUUGACACAACAUUUGAUUUUGUCAACAAAAAAAAAAUGUUUAAUUUUACAAAUUUAAAGCUGAAGGAAAAAAAAUCAAUCAAAUGAAACAAAAAAAGUGCAAUUAAAAGUUUUGCUUUCAAUUAAUCAA